AUGAACGACUGGCGGCCUUUCUUGUACGGUGGCCUGGCUUCCAUCACGGCUGAGUGUGGAACAUUUCCCAUUGAUACAACAAAAACCAGAUUACAGAUACAAGGACAGGUGAUUGAUGCUCGGCUCCGUGAUCUCAAGUACAGGGGGAUGCUGCAUGCUUUCCUUCGCAUCUUCCGGGAGGAGGGAGCUCAUGCUCUGUACUCAGGGCUGGGCCCUGCUCUACUGCGCCAGGCAACGUAUGGUACCAUCAAGAUUGGGGUCUAUCACACACUCAAGCGAUCGUUGAUUUCAGACCCUGCCAAUGAAACUCUGGCCAUUAAUGUAUUCUGUGGGGUGGUUGCCGGAAUUACCUCCAGCUCUAUAGCAAACCCAACAGACGUACUCAAGGUGAGAAUGCAAGCCCGAGGAAGCCAUGCCUCAUACGAUAACAUGUUUUGUUCAUUUGUGAAGAUCUACCAGCAGGAGGGUGUGGCUGGCUUGUGGAGGGGUGUUGGUCCCACAGCCCAGCGGGCAGCUAUUGUCAGUGGUGUGGAGCUGCCAGCGUACGAUGUUGUCAAGAAGCACAUUAUCCUCUCCGGCUACUUCGGGGAUACAAAGGAAACACAUUUUCUUGCCAGCUUUCUUGCUGGUUUUGCUGGAGCUCUUGCCUCAAAUCCUGUUGACGUUUGCAAGCCAGAGUGUAGGGAGAAGAGGAAUGAGUUCUCUGCCAUGUAUGCAGCAGCCAGAGUGGGGAAGAUGGAAGGAAUCAUGGCUCUCUACAAAGUAUUCAUCCCCAAUUGGCUGAGGUUGGGACCAUGGAAUAUCUUUUUCUUCAUGACUUACGAACAGCUGAAGGCCAUGUACUAA